AUGUCUCGAAUAGCCGCCACCACUGAACCGGGCCACUGCCAUUACUGGAAACCAUGUGCUCUGCAAAUCAACGAUGAAUUCUUUGGUGGGAAAAGCUUGGGCUUACCAACAGACAUUACCACGAUGAUCCAGGUGCAUAGAGAAAGUGACAGAACAUCUUGGCUAGGGUUUACAAUCCUCAUUCCAUUCGCCACAAACAACGAAAAUAACGGGUUUGGCAUCUGUCAUGAAUGGGCCCGCCAGGUUCAGUCAAGUCGCCCUAAGCAAGAUUACAAAAUAUCAAUUGAAUUUCCUACAGACUCUCCCUUCUUCAUUCAACAGGCUGAGCAGAGUUUACUGGCAACACUUCCCGAUACCACCAAACGAAUGUGUCGGUUAAAUGUGUAUCUGAAUGAGGGCACACACGUGACAGUGAAGGGAUACGGCAAUCCCUUUAAUCAUCCUGACCACCCGAGCGAGGGGUGGAUCAACUAUAACAAACCAGUUGUUGGAGAUGAUGUAACACUCAUCGAUAUCCUGGAGCGUCGAGAGUUCUCGUUUAUUGUCGCCGCGCCCGAUCGUGUCUUGGAGAAAUAUUGGUCUCAAGAGCUCCCGGGGCCAUUUCGGUACCCUUAUGGCGAGGACCACUCCUGGUCUCUAGAACGAUACGAAGAGCAGCUCUUCAAGUAUCGUGGCCCUCAGUUUGCUGCUGCUUUGACCUUUGAUAACGAUAAUGAGCACCUCGCUGCAAUGACGCAGUCUCAAGUACAGGACAUUAUGUGGCUGUACAAGAAGAUUCAACAAAUUGCGGAAACAAGGCUGCGCGCUUAUUUCGUACAGGUGGAAGACAACUCUGCCUUUGCCAACGAAGUCUAUGCACUCGUGCCUCUCAAGGAUAACUUCAUUAAUAAGUUCUGGGAAAUAUGGCCACAGUUGAUCAAGAAUGAGUCCCUGCAGAUCCAGCUCUUCGAUGGCGAUGGUGAUAAGAAGCCCGCGACCUGGGAUGCCAAAGUCAUGGAGCAUCCUAGAGAUAUUGCCAUCAUGACUCACCAUCAGAUAAGGGAUAACGAUCUUAUUCUCCGCGUUCGAAGGCCACGCGGCGCCGACUUCGAGGUUCAUGUUUUCAACAACCGGGCGAUGGCAAAUGCCGCUCUGCGAGAAGACCAAAAUCGGUGGAACACUGUGUCUCUCAAGUUUGACGAUCAACUCAAGGAGUGUAAACGGAAAGUCGAUGCCGUUUGCAUGUUCCACCCGCGAGCUCAGCCAUCGGCUGCUGAGGCCCCUCAAGAUAUCAGGUUCAAGAUGGCGCUUCACCGGGCCUUGUUGCGCGGCAACGGAUUCUACGAUCUCCUUGUGCGCGACGAGCCUUAUGGCCGUGCGCCGAAGCGCCUUCCAAUAGUCAACUACCUAGAUAUUGAUGAUGACGGAUUUAUCAACGCCCUGCUCUUGGAGGUGCUUCCCGAGGACCGAACUCGCUUUUACAACUACAUGACGAAAAGACCUCUUGGCCUAGGCUGCAUUUCUGCUGGUCCUGGAUUCGGUAAAACUACCGCGAUCUCUGUUGCAGCUAUUGGUAUGGCGGCAACUUUGGGCAAAAUAUAUGCUUUUGCUCCCACGCACGUCGCCACUGACACAUUUGCCGAGAGAUUGAGCCGUGUAACGAAGACCGUGACCGAUCGAUAUAAUAAAGGCAACUCAACGCGAAGGCGGCGGGCUUUGAUCGUGCGCGGUUAUAAAUUCCGCGACGAAUAUGAUGUCUUCAUCGGCCUUCUGCGCAAUUCUCGCAGCCGCGGUACCACGGCAACCAACUGGAGAGCAGAUUCGAACUAG